AUGCUCCAAAAAUCGAGUAUUGUGCUCUUUUUGCUCAUCGCCACGUCAUCAUUGUGCAUCGACGGAACACACGCCGUCCGCGCCUUUCCGCAGGUAAAAACUAGCGGUUUUUCGGAUUUUACCCUUCUUAUGCCAUUUUUGGACGAAAACUCUUUCCAGAGUAUUGUUAUGCGCUUUUAAAGUAUUCACACCGUUUUUUUUCUGGUUUUGUGCACGAAAAACGAGCAAGAAUUGCAUUACCGAACUUUAAAAGCGCAUAACGUCUGCUCGGACAUUUUCCAAUUUUUCCCAUCGUUCCGCGCAGUACGAAAACCAUAAAUCUCACACAAUCCCUCUUUUCGGUCCCCGUUCCCAAGGUUCAGCUAUUAUCCACACACACACACACACAAUUUCAUGGUCUCAUUUUCUCUUUGAUAUAUUAUUGUCCCGUUUUUUCGACGAAUUGUGCCACUAUUUGUAAAAAUCCCCCCAAAAAUGUCCUAAUUUGCCCCCAUCCAUCGCUGUCUGUUUGUCCAACCCAAAACGUACCGGAAAACGAAUAAAAAUGCCGCAAAAAUGCGAAAUGGCGCCCGGAAAAGGGCAAUAAAAAACGACAAUUUUUCACGAUUUUAUGACGCAGUUUCUGGCUUUUUAAGGCGAUCGAAACAUGGAAAAAUCGAGGGCGAAAAGGCGAAAUUAUUCGAUCAUUGAAACUUUGUCAUUCGCCGGUUUUAUCGCUUCUUUUUAUGGGGAACCUGAUGAGAAAUGUUUCGGUGCCAACUUUUCUUUCCCUCCGGUUUUUUCCAGAAAUUGAUUAGGCUCAUGCUCUCGGAGGGCAAAAACGGCACCUUGCUUAUUGGGGCAAACGCAAACAAUUCGAUAGCAGCACACCUUAAUAAUGUUAGAAUUUUCUGCGCAAACUUUAAAGGAGUGCAAGCAAAGGAACUGAAAAAUGAACGUUAUCAAAACACAUAAACAACUUUUGCUUUUCGAGCUGAAAAUAGAAGAGUCGCUAAACUUACUGGUCCAAAAAGAUUGAUGCUAAUGCUAAGAUGAUAAGGGUUUGCUAUCGAAUUGCUCGCGUUUGCCCCAAUAAUCAAAAGUAAGUGUCGCCUGCAAAAUUUGCCGUUUCUGCCCCCUCUGAAUUAGACUUUUUUUGCUAAUCUAAUUCUAUGGAUUUGGAAAUUAACAUCAGUGUUUUCACAAUUUAAUCUAAUUAGAAAAUAUAUUAGUCUAGCUGGGCGAGACCUGCCGACGCCUGGACUUUUGAAUCCACUUGCAAUUAUCCGAUCGGGCCCAAACUUUGAAAACUUCUUGGACUUGGAUUGAACUGUAUUGGGUCCGAGUCUCAGAUCGAUCGGAUCAUCUGGUCCCGAGAAAUGUGAAAUUUUCGAAAAACCCGGCCUUUUCGACCUCUGAUCCGCAUAUCUCGGGACCAGAUGGUCCUAUCGGUCUGAAACUUGAACCCGAUAUACUUCAAUUCAAGUCCAAAAAGUCUACAAAGUUUGGAUCCGAUCGAAUAAUUGCAAGUGGGUCAACAGCCUAGCCCUGGUCUAGUUAGAAGAAUAGGUCCAGUGAGACACGCGAAUUAGCAAAAAUUCCGCAAUUUCAGGCGUUUCAAGGUGUGGAGCCGGGCAUUCAGUUCGAGUUGCUCACGGCGAAACGGGCCGACGGAUACGGUUGGAACGACUGCGAAUUCUCGCCGCUCAGCUGUCUUCUGAAGCGCCGACGACGUCGUUCUGUCGAAUGA